AUUGUAAGCAGAACAUAUUCGGAUUCAUGUUCUUAUUUAUUCUUAUUUUUUAUGUAUACAGUGUUCUUCUGUUCAGGUCAAUGCACGAUAACAUACGUCGUCUCGCCAUAGCCAAUAGAAUAUCGAGAGCUGGCUGGUAGGCGUGAUAUCAGACAAUUUUGCCGCGAAAGUGUAGCAUGUUUUUGGGUCUGACAACUCGUCUGAAUAGUUUUUCUUUUUAUUUUCUCGUUUGUAGUCAGCAGUAAGUUGAAGAAAAUGGAGAAGGAAAUGUUUACAAAACUUGCAUCAAAAAUGGGUAUAUCCUCUACAAGAAUUAUACGCCAAGCUGAGGAGUAUGUGCGGUUAUCCCAGGUUAAAUGCACAGGACUGCGAAAUACGACGGGUACAAGUAAAGCAGUAAUUUGCCUGGAAUUGGCAGCCACGUCAAUGAAAUCACCUCUGGACAAGGAAUAUGCCAUCAAAUUAUCCGGGUUGAACAAGAAGCAGUAUCAAAGCACUCUGAAGGCCAUGGAAUGCAUGCUCGGCCUUGAAUCUCACAUGGGACUCCGGGACAUAGCUGUUCAGUAUGGCUGCAUUGAUGCAGUUAAAGUAGCAUCCCAAAUACUAGAAAGGUAUGAAGCAAGUCUUCCUGCUGCUCAGCGAAAAGACAUUGACCUGUCCAAACCCCUCUUCACUACAGCUGCUUUGAACGCUGCAUGCAAAUGUUUGAAGAUCAAAGUGGACAUGAAGUUGGCAGCAUCGUCUGGUGCUAAAAAAGGAAUCUUUGACAGGCUGUCCACCCAGCUCCAGAAAUUGGGACAGGACAUCUUCAAAGAAGCAACUCCAGUGAGAAACCCUGUUCAAAAGGCACAAAAGAGACAGAAAACACUCAUAGAAAGUAUUGAGCAAAAAGAAGAGGAAGAUCUGGAAACGUCUCCAAAGCAGCAGAAACGGGACUCUGAGGAGAGCAAUACAGAGGAUUACGAGGAAUGGAAGCGAAAAAUCUUGGAAAAUGCGCUAAAAGCAAAAGCAGUUGAUGUGUGACUUAAUUUUGACACUCAUUGCUUCUUGUUUAUUAACAAAGAGGACGUUGGCGCAAUCAUGACACAAAAGGGGAAAACAUCCCCACAAUAGCUUGGGCAUGUUAGCAGUGACACUACUGUUAUCUUUGAGGCUGGAGUUCACAUGAGGAGACACUGAUUGUGAACUUUAAUGAGCAGGUACACUAAUAAGCAGGUACAUGUCUGAUAAUGAAGUGCGUACAAGCUCUGUAUCACUGUUAACUGAAUUUGUUAGAGCAGGCAGAUAUGGGGUGAUUUUUAUUUUUAUUGCAGUGUUUUUACCAUGUUCUGUUGCCUGACUCCUAACAGCAAGCAUGUUUUGUUUCUUUAAUAUGUAAUGUUGUGCCACUGGUUUACCGUAUAUGGAAGAGAGGCACGCAUGUUGUUCGUGUUGCUUUUUAGAUUUAACAUUCACAUGCUGUUGUGU